AUGACAGAUUUUUUUUACAUCCAAGUCCCAGCUGAUGUUAAAGUUUUAUUGCUAACUGGAACCUCUCUAAAUAAGAAUCAAUUAGAUUAAGUAUAAAAAUGUACUAAUCUACUUAAAUUGGAUUUGUCAAAUUGCAAUCUUACAUUUAUUCCAAAUCUCAAAAAAUUAACAAAUUUAAGAAUCCUAUACUUACAUCAGAAUCAAAUUUCUUAACUUUCUGUAGAACCAAUCACAGGAUGCAACAGUUUGAACUAUCUCACUCUAUUUUUAAAUCCUGUAUCAGCAUAAUGUUCUCUCAGAAGACAAGUUAUUUCAUAUAUGAAAUCCCUUUGGGCACUAGAUUUCAAUGCAAUUACUGAUGAAGAGAAAUAUAAAGAAUUGAGAUUAAAAUAAUCCACAGAAAAGAGUCGUCUACCUUGGCCGAUUAUAAGCACUCCAAAGGAAUUAAAGGAUCAAUAAAAAAUAGUCUUAUUGGUUUGGCAAGAAUUAGAGGUGAUCAGAAAGAUUUGGCAAAGAUGCUCUGCCAUUUUGACUAUCUAAAGUUUCAUUAAAAGUUAUUUAAUAAGAAGAAAUUUUAAAAAAAUUGUUUAGAAACAGAUGAAAAUACAGUAAAUUGUUAUUUAUAUUUAGAGCAUUUGUAAAACAAACAGUUAAACAUUGGAUAAAAUUUACUAAGAACAAAAAAGACCUUAAUCAAUUAUUAACAAAUUAAUAUAGUACUCAAUUUGAGAAAGUUAAAGUGAUGGUUUAAAAUUAUAGACAAAGAAAAGGAAAGGCAAUUAAAGAAUUAAAGAGUGCUAGAAUUAUCUAUAAAUCUUUGAAAUCCUUUUAUCAUGGAUAAAAACUUAAACUUGAAUCUAUUGGAAAUAUAUAUAGACUCUAUUUCUAUAAGGAAUAAUUACAUAUAUUCAAAUAAAUUUUACAUAAACUCAUUAAUAAACCAGAAAUCAGAGGGAUUAUUGAUUAGGCUCCUCUUUUACAUGAAGAUUUUUAGAAACCUAAUAAGAUUUAUGAUUCAGAAGUUUUCACUUAUAGACUACCUAGUUAAUUCAAUUUAUAAAACAAUCCUAUUUAUUUUAAGAAUAUGCUAACUUAUCCUGCUUCUUUAUGUAAAAUAAGUUGCUGCUUGUAAUAACUAAAAUUAAGUAUAAUAAAGAAAUGGACAUCAGUGACUAAAUUUACUCAAGAUGUACAUCCUUAUUCUUACUUGCAAAAGUAUGAUGAAUUGAUGCCUGCCAGAAAACCUUAUUUUAUUAUGUACAAAUUACCAAAGUAGGAUAAAGUUAAAUAUGAAAAUUGUUUAAAAUUAAUCAACAAAUUUUAAUAACGAGAAUACAAAUAAUUAUAUGUUAUAAAUUUAAGCAAAGAAAAUAUCUCAUUGAUAAUUAAAUGUAUAAUUUUGCACAAUAAGGAUCAUCCUUCAUAAGUGUUUAUAACAAUAUUUGAAAAAUAAUUGAAAGAAGCUGUGGCAGCAUUAAAGAUAUAAAGAUAAUUUAGAGCCUAUCAAGAUGUUAAAAAGAAUGGCAAAACUAUGCAAACUAUAAUUAAUAUUUUAGUAAAGGAAAGAUCCCUAUUAAUUUUAUAAAAAUGGUUUAAAGAUUUGAAAAUGCAUCAUAGAAAUAAUUUUUUUAAGGUUAUUGGAUAUCGACUUAAACAAUUCACUCAAAAUGUGUUAUAUUUAAAUUACUCAAUUUAUAUACAAUUAAGAUAAUGUGUAUCAAAGUUGCAAUUUCUUGAAUAAAAAUCAAAAGUUAGUUUGAUUAACUAUAAAUUCCAUAUAUCUUUUGAAUAGUUUCCUAAGAAAAAUAUUAUACCUAUUUGGUUAAGAAAAUAAAUUAUUCAAUAUGAUGAUGAAGAUUAAUAAGAAUUUUCAAUUAUUUAAAAUUGUGAUGUAUAUCAUUUAUUACAUUUUGAGACUUAAAGUGAAAUAAAGAAUUUAUUAAAUUAAAAAUGGCUAAAAAUUACAUUCCCUUAAAAUGAAUAAUUAAAAUUGAGACUAUUUUUAUUGGCUCUAUAUACUUAUUCUUUUAAAUACUAAUGCUUUGUAUAAUUGUAUUAAGAAAAUGAGUUAUUAGAACAAACUUAAAUUGUAAGAUAACAGGAUGAAUUACUUAUUAAGACAUAUCUAAUUUAAUAGUAAACUGAUUUUGUAGAAAAUUGUGAAAUUCCAUAUAAACCAUCAUUAUGGUUAUCAAAAUUUUUAUCUGAUAAAACAACCAAUGAAGUUGAAGUAAGAUUUUAUAAAAAUGGAAUUGAUUAAAAAAAUAAAAAGAAAAAAAACAUAUCAAAAUUGCCAGAAUGUGAACAAAUCUCAACUUAUCUUUUUUUCAGUUCUAUUAAAAAACAAUUUAAUUAAUUUUCAUAUCCUUAAAUCAAACAAAAUUGUCCUACUGCAUCAACUAAUGUUAGGACAAUUACUUAAACUGAUAAACCUAAAACUGCACUAUAAACAUAUAUAUUUUAAUAGGAUAGUUUUGAAUAAGAACCCAACAAUGUAGAAAAAUAGUAAUAAAGAUUGAAAUUACUUACAAAUUCUACACGAUAACAUCUGAGAACAAAAUCUGUUAUGAAUAAAAAAUAAGUAUUAUAAGUAGAAUUGCCAUCAUUCUUACAAUAAUAAAAUUUUAACUUAAGUUAUAGUGUAGGAAGAUAAAAUAACUAACCAGAUAUAUCAAAAUAAUUGCAAUAUUGGGAAGAUAGAGAAAAUCAAUAGAGAUAAUCAAUAAAAAAGUAAAAUUUAGAAAAAAAAUCAGCCAAAUUAUAGAUACAACAGGAAAGGUCUUUUUAUCAAGAAUUCAAUAUUGGUUAGAAUCUUAUAAGCAGAUAAGGAGAUAGACAUUAAAUUCGACUAUAUUAAAAGAAAUAAUAAUAAAUAUCUUAGUAACAUGUCCAAUAAUUUAAAGAAAAAUCUAAUCACAUUAAAGAAAUCUAAGCUACAAAUAAUAGAAUGAAAUUGUAAGCAAUUAAAGAAGCUAAUUCUUAAUAUAAAGCUUCUCUUGAAUAACCAGAAUAAUAAAUUAAACCUAUCUAAAGAAACUAAACAAAAAGAGUAGGAAUAACUAAUAAAUAUAUCCAUUCUGUAUUACCUGAAGAGAUAUUUCCAAUAAAAAUUGAUUUUGAAAAUAUAUGA